GGUCAUACAUGUUUAGCUAAACUUGUCAAGUCUGUCGGAAAGUGUGAACUGUAUUUGCGAUACUAUGCAGUUUUGUCAUCUACAAACUUGACAAGCAUGCUUGCGAAAACAUAUAUAUGCAUGUCUAUCAGAUGGUCCAUAGUGCAUAGUGUAUCUAUAUGCUUUGAUAAAUCAAUCGGAAGUUGACAUGACGAAUAAAAGAUACUAUAAAUUGGCAUGCCCAGUGUAUCGUAAGCCAGAUUUGGAAUAAUCAACUGACUGGCACAAAAUUGAUAAUCAUGAUGAAAUUAUUGUUCUUAGUUCUUUUAUAUUGCUUUACUAUUGCUUCCACUGCUACUAUUGCUUAUGGCGGAUUACAACCCAAGAUUGUGGGAGGAAGACUUGCCAAACGAGGUGAAUUCCCAUUCCAAGUUUCUCUUCAGGACAUCAAAACAGAGCAUCACUUUUGUGGUGGAAGUAUAAUUAAUCAAAAUUACGUACUGACCGCCGCUCACUGUUUAACUGAAAAAGAUAUCAAGGAGAUUUCGGUCAACGUAGGAACAACGGACUUGACAAAACCGCACUCCAUAUAUUUGGUCGCAUCGUCUUAUAUACACGAAGAAUAUAACUCUAGCAACUCUUGGAUCAAUGAUAUCGCCCUACUUAAGCUUAAGACUCCAUUUGUAUUUUCCUCUCUGGUAUCUCCCGUCUCUUUACCGAUCCAAGAUCAAAUGGUCAGUACCAGAUCGAUAGCAGUCGUGUCAGGAUUCGGCAGAUUAGAGUUUCAAGGGAACACGACUAAACAGUUACAUGUCGUGGAUAUUACAAUAGCCAAACAUAAAUAUUGCAGAGACAAGUACUGGGAGAGUUCAUCAACACCAAUUUACCCCACGCAAAUCUGUGCAUUUGAUCCAGUCACGAGAAAGGGUUCGUGCCAUGGCGAUUCCGGCGGCCCUCUCACUGUCAAUGGAGAACUCAUAGGAAUUGUCUCAUGGGGAAACGGAUGCGCUGACACAGAAUUUCCCACCGUUUUUACACGUGUCCCAUCGUACAUUAAUUGGAUCAACGAACAUGCCGUAUAGCUUGAAAUAAUUAAUGAAAUACAGAAAUCAAUUUUAAUAUUCAAUGACAUGUAGGAAUCGAGAAUCGAUACCUAUAAUUAAAUAUUCAUAAAUAUAAUAUAUCUUAAAAUAUA